AUGAGUGAUCAGGUCUCUGUGCCUGGAAGCUCACCUCAAUCCUUCGAAACCAGCACGACGGCUAGCACGACAGCCAACAACUCUCCAAGUAGCACCCAACCUCCAAACUCGUCAUCAGUGCGAGUUCACUUCGCCGGCAAAGAGUUAGGUGCCAUCAGUUUACUCACAGGCACACCAUUCCUCUUUCCCGAGGGACAGGAAUGGAUCAAAUCCCGCACCGGACAGGACGUUGCAAUUGACACGCUUUGUCCAACGCGAGUACCUUGGGAUAAGGAGCGCGGACAAACUUUCAACACUGUUUUGAUGAACAUUAACUUGAACACUUGCAAUCCCUAUGAACUUCCCGACUGGAGAACGGCGCAGGCGUACUUCCAGGCAUAUAAGAGUUCCAAGGUGAUGCGGCGCAUAUUUCCUAUUAUAGACCUGGAGCUUUUUGAGGAGACCCUCAGUACAGCUUUCAGUCAAUCUCCAUCUACCUUCAAAUAUGGCCAAGCUAGCGCCAGGGUUUGUGUCAUGGCAUUUAUUACCUUUGUUUCUCGUCUCCCUGAUGUCAAGGCUUUUAUCAGAGGGACUACGAUCAGUCCAAUCGAUCAUGAUCUAUUUGCCACCAAGGCACAGUUCUUUAUGCCCCAAGUAUUACAAGAGGCUGCCAGCUUGGAUGCAGCGCAGGCUAUUACCAUAUUGACUCUCUUUGAGCUGUCUUCGGGAAAUAUGCGGGCAGCGAACUACUAUGCGGCGGUUGCUGCGCGGCUCAUUUUCAUGCUUGGUGGCAAUCUUUCUAGCAGCCAAGCCUGCCCGAUCGAUGAGCGCAGCGAGAAAAAGCAUUUACAACUGCGGAAUCUAUUUUGGAUUUGCUACACGAUUGAUAAAGAUCUCGCACUGCGCACGGGUCUGCCACCUACUAUCACUGAUGAAAAUUGUGAUCUGACACUUCCACCGGGUUAUCUCGACCGAGCAUUCUUGGACGUGGAAAACGAGGAGGCCCCAUGGUGCGGUCCAGUAUUUCCAUUCGACUUGCGUCUGAGUAUCAUCAAAGGUCGAGCGCAUCGAGAGCUGUAUUCAGUCAGCUGCCUCCAAAAAUCAGACGCCGAGCUGCUCAAGUCAAUCCGAGAACUCGAUAACGCGCUAGAAGAAUGGCGGCUAUCAGUCCCUCCGAUGUGGCGUCCAACCAUGUCCUUUUCUUCCGAGACGUCUGAUCCAAAUAUGGCAGAACAUGUAGUAGUCGACGGGGUUUUUUGGACUCUAAUCUUUUACCCUAUGUCCGCUCUACUCACGAUCUUCUGCAGCAUUCUUCAGAACCCAUUGGAUCCACAUUCGCGUGAAGACUUGGGCCGAUUGAAUGUCGCCACGGUUAUGAUGGAGCGUAUCUUCUUGCGAAAAUUGCCUGAACCUGAGCUUGUUCACUUCAAGUUGGUCGCCGAUUUCAUCGUGGAAUUGAAGCGAUUGGCUGAGUGUGCCAUUGACAAGGCCUGGGCGGAACAGCGCGCCGCCUCUUAUUGA